AACUCCGGGCGGAGGAACAAAGCCGCCGACGUCGGCUCUGACUGAUAACAAGAAAGCUUGCUUCGUCACCGUCGUCACAACUCCGACUUUGCAUCGUCCCUCUCUCCACUCCACUCACCAUGUCGACGUCUCGAGUUGGUCUUCGCUUCUUCCAGAACUCGCGCGCGGCCUUCCGCAGCGCUUUCCGCCGGCCGGGGGGAUACGGUCGCCGCUUUCAGAGUUCGGAUGCCGCUGCUGCUGAGCAGCAGAGCACCUUCCAGCGCAUGUGGAACAGCCCUGUUGGGCUGAAGACGGUGCAUUUCUGGGCCCCCGUUAUGAAGUGGGCUCUCGUCAUCGCCGGUAUCUCCGACUUCCAGCGCCCCGCCGAGAAGCUCUCCCUGACGCAAAACGGUGCUCUCACGGCCACCGGCGCCAUCUGGACCCGCUGGUGCUUGAUCAUCAAGCCCAAGAACUACCUCCUCGCCGCCGUAAACUUCUUCCUCGGAUGCGUUGGUGUCGUCCAGGUCACGCGUAUCUUCAACUACCGCCGCAGCCUGGAAGGCGGCUCGGCAAAAGAGGCCGCUAAGGAUCUAGAGCACGAGAUUGCGGACUCGGCAAAGGCUGUUGCUAAGGAUGCUGUGGAGGCUGUGAAGAAGCACACUUAGAUGUACGAUGUAGAGUGCGAGGUAUACAAUGUCAAUAUAUUCACCAUCUUUAUCUGCG